AUGCCUAUUAUGCUAAGAAGUUGUGCCUGUAUUCUGAAUGAAAUGGAUGAAGCUGAACUAGCAAAAUAUGGUGAGUGCCCUCUUGAUCCUGGUGGCUACUUUGUUGUCAAAGGAACGGAGAAGGUCAUUCUAAUUCAAGAACAGCUAUCAAAGAAUCGUAUUAUUGUUGACACUGAUAGCAAAGGAAGGUUUGAUUAA